AUGCCUCAAAGAAAAUCUAGAGUAGGAUCAUUCUACAUUGAUAUUGAGAAAAAUGGAUUACCAUAUGAUGAUAAACAACAUAAACAUUUCAAGCUGAAAAUCAACAAUGGGAAAUCAAAUUUUUUGACAGUUACAUUUUUUUCACUUUGUAUAAUGUGUUCAGUGUAUUUUAUUUAUAAUUAUCGUUCAUUAUGGAACAAUAACUUACAAUUGGAUCAAUCAAUAUUACUUUCAUCUACUUCAAACGCAAAUUCACCAGAGAUUUCUAUUUUAAAAGAUGAGUUGAUGUCAAAUUAUGAUGAUGUCAACAAUGGGGGUACUGGUUUAUCCCUUUCUAAUGAAGUUCAAGAAGAAUUAAAGCACCAACAUCAUACCCCACAUACUAGAGUUUCUGCACCAUUAUCACAAAAACAACCACAAGAAGGUUCAGUUGUUGAUAGUGGUUCCCAAGAAGAAAAAGAUGAUAAUGAAGAAAACGAUAAUGAUUAUGAUAUCUCUAAUAGCAAAUCAAAUAUAGAUGCAAUAAUAGAAGAAAAUGAUGAUCUAGAGCAAGAUCCUGACAUGCAUAUUUUAGUUCAAGAAAAUUUAAAGGAAAUAUUUUCAGUUAAUCCAAUCAUUGUAUUAUCAUUGAAUAAUCAAAUAGAUAAAUUGAAUACAAUUCUUUUGAAUUUGAAUAUUAGUCCAGAACCAAAAAUAAUAAACUUGUCAAGACAUCCUAAUUAUCUCAAUAUUUUGAAAUAUUUGAAAAAUAUUAAUCAUUCGGAUGUGGAGAAUAUUCCAAGAUUAUUCUUGGGUGGAUUACCAGUUGGUACUAGUAAAGAAAUAAUUGAAAUGUAUGAAAAUAAUGAAUUGAUUAGUUAUUUAAGAUCAAAAGGUGAAGGGUUAAUUAAUGUUUAG